GCUGAUGUUGUGUUUCUGUGUUUUUUUGUUUUUUCGCCGGGAAACGUUCCAAACUGCACAUUAAGGCGCGUGUGUAGUGUCAGUGACAGUUAAGAUAGCAAUUCGCUUGUUCAUCGCCUAAUUAAGUUUUAGUUGUUUAAAUCAGAGCUCCGCAACAAGGCAGUCUACUGAAGAGCGUUGAUAAGCGGGGGAGGCCACAGCCCAGCCAUGUGGUGUGGGGACUGGAGCCAGCUGCCACAGGAGUCCUUACGCUUCCUGGUCGCGUCGUCACAAAAUGGCCCCGUACUGGAGGAUGCCAAAAGCCGGCUAUUUACAUUAGGAACUCCCGAUGACGGAAACAGUCACCUUGUCCGGGUAGCCUGUCUUGGCCCCUACCUUUUCGGUUCGACGUUCUUCAGCAAGGAUUGCGAAAUAUGGGCCAGGAGUUCAGGAAUAUACUACCACCCAUCAAAGCUCGUGGAUAGUAACAUCAGUGCUGAAAUUCGUGAAGCAAUCCUGGUCCUCGACACGUUGGCAUACCAUGUGUCAUUUGUCCUUGUCAUCUGCAAUCUGCAUGAGUAUGGGCCUGCCACGACGAUACACAUGGCUGAAAAGCACAGGGGAUUUCUCACGGACUUUGACAAGGAGACAAUUUACUCCAGCGUUCGGACAAUGGUGGAAUCGUCGGACUUCUUUCGGCUAUUUCGGAAGAAGUUGACCGUUACGUCACUCCGGGAAGAGCAGAUUCUGGGCUGUUUCAUGAUUGCCCUGAAAGUGUCACUUGCUCAUUGCAACGGGGCCCUGGACACCAUGUUGACGUACAUUAGGCGGGACUGCGAACAGAACGGAGAGGGGAGUCGUGCUGACGAGCUCAAGAAAUGCGGGAAUCAAAAAUUCAAGGACAAGGCGUAUCAGGAGGCAUGCGAAUACUACACGAAGGCAAUUGCAGAAAUGCGCUACAACCACUUCUUGUACAGCAAUCGGGCACUGAGUGCCCUUCAACUACAGAAGUACAAGGAGGUGGAACUGGACGCUCGCCGUGUUGUAAUCCUUCACCCAAAUUUCGAGAAGGGUUACUUCAAGAUGGCGCAAGUCUACGAAAGUCUGAAGCAGAUUAGUCGCGCGAAGAAAGUUUUAGAGUACUACACCAAGCGAUGCAGCUUCAUGUCACUAGACUUCAGUCGCGAGAUCCAGGAUCUUCACAAGAGGCUGACAGAAGCAGGAGAAAAGGCCAAAAAUGGAAAAGCAGAUACCAAGAACAAUCAAUCAGCAACUAACAAGCCAAAGGCAAAACCUGCUGUUCCGGAUUUGGUUUCCGACUCGGAUUCUGAUGAAGCGACUCCACCUCCGAAACAAUCCAAACCCUCUACUCAACAGGCAAGUUUCUCAGAUUUUUUUAUGUGUAUUUUUAUAGCGUCAUCCGAUACCGACAAGGAAAUGAAGGACAUCUUAAAAAAAUCGUGUGAGGACCUAGUUGUUGGCCUGUAUAAGGUAGCGCUACAAGGUUUCAAGAAAGUGUUGGCCCAGAAGCCAAAUCUAACCGAGCUGGAUGUGGUGCUCGUGGAAUACGCUGCUGGCUGUGCAUUGCUUGGAAUGGGAUCCCUAGAGGAUUUGAAAAACUCUGUCGAAUAUUUUCUCGGCAUUGUCAGCAACCACAAGGAUGUUGUCUUUCCUCUGGCAUACUAUGGCGUCUCAAAGGCCCUGAUCAAAAUGAACAGGUUCUCGGACGCCCUGCCACACAUUGAAAAAUGUUUGAGUAUCCUUCAAAAAGGCAUACAGUUCAGCGAGACCCUACUGUGGCCCGAGACGAAAACUAAGGUCGACAAUGCGAAGAGGCCACAACUUCAGAAAGCGAUGGAGGAGAUGCAGGCACUGUGUCGGGCACCGCCAAAGUGGGACGCCAUGUGUUGCUACGAGGCGUGCCCGCUGCAGAAAACAAUCUACUACAGUGAUCCCGACUUCAAGGGCUUCCAGCAGGUGCACUGUGCAUCCAAGUGCCUUGUCCAGUACCACCCUGCCUGCUGGAGGGAGUAUCGGGAGUCCCGUAAUCUAACCGAGAAGGGCUUCCUAGGUGAGGCAUGCCCAACUCCAGAUUGCUGCGGUGUCGUCGUAAAAGUCGAAGCCAUCGAGAAAGACGGCACUGUUGGCAAGCAGUUUGUCCACACUCAACUGCUUGUUGAGACUGCGCCGAAGCAGAAGAAAACAAAGAAGGAGAAGAAACUGGAACAACGAGAACAGAAGAAACAGCAGCGCCGUGCCGGUGAGCCCGGUGCCAAGCAGCCAACGAAUGACAAAGACGAGGACGCAGCUUUGAUGCAGAGCAGUGUCUGUGAAUCAACCGGUAGUGCCGUUGAAGAUGUGCCAAAAGAACCUUCGGUCGAACGGGCCAAGCCACCCAAGGCACAACCGAAGGCGCCCUCUGAACCAGCCGUGCCUCCCACUUCUGAGAGAGCAGAAGUUGCUCCUCCGCUGCACCGCGAUGCCCAGUAUGUACUGAAAAAAGAUGAAGGCAUCGAUGAGGACAUGCAGGUGGAUGGGAGAGCCAAGAAGUGGAAGAGGAAAAGGAACAAACCCGUGCGAGUCUUGGAGCUGGAACCUAGUGACUACCUUUAUUCAGAAUAUCAGGAAAGAAUCCGGAGGCUGGCCGAGUACAAGAACCUCGUUGAAGAGCACGGUUACUGGAGGACCUUCUGCCAGAGGCAGAAAGAAAUGAUUCCAGAGCUUGAUCCCGAGAAUCCGUUCUACAUUCCUGAAGGACUUCGGCACAACGAGGCCGCCCUGGAGGCAGUCCUUCAACACGGCAGCAGUUACACCGAGGAGAGUAGUGACGUCAAUGAGACCAUUUACCAGCUGUUCGAGGACUUGAUUGAGAGCAAGGGCCCAAUUUCGAUUCACGACAAACUGCUGGCGAGCGAGGUGAUGAACUUCCCCGAGCCUGCCCAGCAGACAGUUGCGCGGGCGGGUGGCCUGCAGAGCUUCCUGCUUCGGUCGCUGCGCUUCACUUUCGACGGAGACAUGGUCUACACCGCACGCAUGAGACCCCGGGGUCCCAGCUUGUACAAGCCGGACGAGAUAUCGAUGCUCGACGAUGGCUCCGAUUACGAGGAAGAAGACGAGUGUGAGGAGAGCGAUGAGGAGGAUGAAUGCGAUGAGGAAGACUCCAACGAAUAUGACUCGUCUAGGUACAUUGAAACAAUGGGCCAAGCCGCUUCUACCCCUUCAGCGAGCGUUGCUAGCGGCGACACUACACCCAACCCCAGUGCAUUGUUAAUGAAAGCCAUUGCCACGUGCAACCUCAAUCCCAAUGCCAAAGCCUUCGAACUGCCCCUUGAUGCCCUGGCCACAGGUUCACAGAGUGGCGAUGCGCAACCGCCGAGUUCUAUGGUUGAAAAAAAAGUGGCAUCCGCACCAGCAACGCGCACCGACACAGGCCGCGAGGUGGUGGUCCAGAAACUUCUGGUUGCGCUGCCGCCAAAGCAGCGGGCCGAGUCUCUCGUUCUGGCUGUGAAUUCCUUCCACGGUCCACUGUCCCCAAGGACAUUGGCUAUGAUAAACUGCAGCCUGGAGCAUUGCAAGCUGUGCAACAAGACUGGAGUGCAGGACAUUGGCGUCCAAGUCCAACAGUCCAUAGAGUACUUGGAGGAACGGGAUUCCCUGCUCGAAAAAUGCGAGCAGCUCGCAUGCGAGAAUGCUCGGAUCAAGGAGCAGCUGGAGAGUGCUCUGGAUUACAACGUGCAGAUGGCCAGCAAGCACACCCUCGAAACCAGCAAGUACAAGGAAAAAAUAGAGGACCUGAACAAGGAACUGCAGACCUCGAGACAGAACGCGAAGAAGAGUAAACUGGAUUCUGACGCUGAGAUCAAGAGGUUGCAACAGGAACGAGUGAAGCUCAAGGAGGAGAACAAGCUUCUCAAGACCAGCAGGAAUGAGGACAACAUGAAAGAAACACUGGACAAGACUAUCACGGAGUUUGCGAAGUUGAAGUCUAGAAGUGAUGACCUGGAAGAAACGUGCCGGGUCCUUGAAGAGGCAUCUGACAAUGCUUUGGAAAGGGCAAAGCGUGCAGAGGUACGCAUAUUGGAGACUGCUCACAAGUGGGGCCUGGAAAGGUUUGACCGAUCCAAGAAGCACGUGCAAAAGGUCUUGAAAGAGAUGGAAGGCUUGAAAACCUCUCUGGAUCCCAACAGCCUAGCCGAGUUGGCGCGAAAAGAGAGGCUGGCUGACCUGUACAUCAUAGAGUGGACCAAGGAAUACGAGCAGUUUGAGCGAAAAGUCCAAGACCACAUCGGAAAAGUUGAGAGAGGCCAAGCCCUGGCUGACCUCGAGGUGAUAGACCUUCCUGCCAAGCCGGAUUUUGAAAUUGCACUGCCGAAGCCAUCGCUUCUCCCUCUUCCAAGACCACAGGCCCCAAGGCCAGCGUUCGCACCAGUGCCGGACGUCGCCAUGGCAGCCAGACCUAAGGUGCCGAGCUUCCAAGCGCAAGCGCCCCUGUUUUCUCACCCCCCGGGUAUUAUGCUGCCUCCUGCUGCUGCUGCUGCUCCAGUGCCCAAGGCUGUGCCUCCCAUGGUCGAGAUUCCGACAGGACCCAGGGCUGUGUCCAGCGCUGCAACAGCCAGGCCAGUCCACGUUGGUGUCACUGGAACUCCUCCUCCCGGCCUUGGCCAACACUAUCACGCAUCUGCAGCUCCGAUGCCCACUGCUAACGGCGAAACUGCACUGGGGGUCGGCAUACCGGCAGUCACACCUCCAGGGUAUCCUGGUGCUGCCAGUCGACCUGCAGAAAAGGCGGUGCAAGAGCCAUCGGGCCAGUCACAUCGAAGCGAGAAGCUGAUGCAGAAACUCAUGGAAAGGUACCCCGGUUGCUCACGUGAGGAAAUCAAGGCGGCGCUCAAGCGUGUUUACGAGGCAAAGGGCUUCAAAGGUUUGACCAUUGCCGACAUCAUCAAGGACACAUCAGAUGUUUUAGAUAAGACAUUCCCUCAUGCCCGGGCAGCAAACACCCAGGCUGAAGAGGAGCACAAGGUGCCAGCCAGGGCGCCACAGUUUGCUGUUCCACAGCCCAAACCACGGCUGGUGCUCAAGGCGAUGCGGCCAAGCCAAUCGGCCAUGUCGCAGCCACAGCCGCCACCCCCUGCGCCACCGCAGCAGAAGACAUGGACCAGCCACCACGAGCCACGGCAAUCAUGGAAUGGUCGCACAACUCAGUGUAGCAUUUGCCUGGAGGACCUCAACGGUCACACCCGGGAAAUGCGCACAUCCUGUGGCCACUGCUUCCACGAAAAGUGCCUGCAAGAAUGGUUCAAGACGGACCACACUUGCCCCAACUGCCGUGCUCAUACCCUCUCGGACAAGGACUUCCCCACAUUGGGAUAAUGACCAUCCCAAAUGGAGACUAUUUUUUUUACAGAACUUUUUUUUGUACAUUUAUCGCACAUAAGUGGCGAUAAAUAUUACAUUUGUGGCCUUUGCAAGUUGCAAUAAAUGGCUUUUUUUUUUUA